UUUAGAAAUUUAAUUUAAAUCUCGUCAUUCAUAUUUCACAUACUUCAUUAACAUUUAAAACAUUAUAAAAUGCCGGCUAGAUAUAUGGAAGACCUCAGAUGCCGCUUUUGCUUCAUGCCUUCUACCGAUUCUGCAAUGCUUCCAUUGUUUCCUCCAGGAGAAAAAACCCCAUUGAAUGGUUUCUUAAGCCGUAUUUUCGACUGCCUAGGACUUCAUAUCUCAUUCAUAGAUGAUUUUAACAGCCUUGUCUGUAACAGAUGCCAUGACAAAAUAGAGGAUUUCUAUACCUUCAAGAAACAGUGCCAGUCGAACGAUUCAUAUCUACAUCGGUCACGUUCACCCUCGUUGCGUGGUCCUAAGAACUCGUCAGUCAGUUUAGAACCGUUAUUUCCAGAUCUCAACGACAACCAGAUGCGAGUGGUCACAGAACCCGAUAACGAAACGAUUCUUCAGCAGGCUGAGGAUAUUUUCUUCCCGAAGGGCGUUGAUACCGAAACGGAAACAACGAAUGAAACUGAAAAAACAUUAGAGGCAACAGAACCAUUGCCGAGUACAACAAUCGAGGCAGAUGACAGUUCCAGCGGCUCUUUUGCUGGAUUCACGGUAGAAAACUGCGCUAGACGUUCGCAACGGAUUUUUAUCAAAAGGUCCGUAACAGAAGCUUUUGAAACUCAACAACAUCGUGAAGAAAGUAUAAAAAACUACCAGGACUGUCGAAUUUCACUCGAAAAAAUAAAUGUACCAGACGAAGAAGUUCCUGAUCUGAAAACUAAAAGCAGAAGUUCGCUAACGCAGAUAAAAACUAAGGGCGCACUGAAGCAAAGGUCUUCAAUGAAACGACUUAAAAGAUUGGAAAUAAUUUUGUUUGAAAACUUUGGAUUUGGAAAGCAUAAGCAAGUAGCAAAUGUUCAUCUGUGGUCAUGUUUGGAAAAGUCCUGUAAUGUUAAGCUGGAAAAAAAUGGACCAAGUCCUGCAAGGGUUAUUGGAGGAUGUCAUGAGCAUCGUUCUCCAAUCUCACACAGCGGAACUAUUUUUGAUUCCAAAUGUCGCAUCAGAAAACCAUUCCUCAUUAUGUCAAGGAGCAAACGUCAAAUAUUGGUCUUCAACAAUCACUGUUACAGUUUGACUCAAAAUUUACCAAGUGGUUCCAGUCUCUGGAGCUGUGAAGCCAAGAAGGAUGGCUGCCAUGCAUACGUUCGAGUCAGGGGACAAUAUCAGUGUAUUACGGCUUUCGGCACUCACAACCACGAGAAAACGCAAAUCGACCAAUCGAAGGUGGAACAAUGGUUGUCACUCCAGAAGCAAUGGCAAACUUGGGAUUCAAUUGAUUCUCAGAGUAACGUAACUAUUUAAAAUUUUUCGUAUUAUCUGAAUAAUAUCCGAAGGAUACACCUUCAUUACGUUCGUUAGAGAAAACUCAUCACGCUGUUUUGACAGUCAUUAGUUUUAAUAUUCGACAUUUGUUAAUUAGUUUUAGUAGUUGAGCUUAGUGAAUAAUUAAUUACAGUUGUUUUACUCUUGAUUUUCUGAUAAAUCCUUAUAACAUUUCGUAAAUCCAAUCAUUAUUUUUAAUAAACUAAAAUGUUA